AUGAAAAUCCCUAAGGAGAGAAUAGGUCCACUUGACAAAGAUCAUGAGUUUCUACGGGACAACGAUUUUAUCCAUCAAGGCUACCGCUUACACUUCAGCUCCCCAAAACGAAUUCUAAAAAGCUUGUUUAUGAUUCACAAUGAGUCAGUCAAUGUUUGGACCCACUUGCUUGGGGUGAUACUAUUUAUCAUGUUUAUUUACUACACAGUUGUAUGACUUGGAUUAACCUCAAACCCCAUAUGCAUAAAAUGAGGUGACAAACGACCGUUCUUCCUGUGACGAGUGCCCUUAUGAAUUCUGUGCAUAGAUUUUUGGUGCCAAGGGUUAGGGAAGCCUUGAGGCAAGAGAUUCAGUACUUUUUCUGCUGAUGAAGAGGCCUGGCUUGAGAGUUAGUUUUUGCCUCUUUUUACUAGCAGUUCCCAGAUCCAGCUUGGGUGUCCUAUAGAGGCAGGACAAUUUAAUUGCUUAGGUGAUUUGUGGCUUGUCCUGAAUGGUGCAAGAUGCUAAGUUUUUCUAGGCGAUAAUACAGAGAAAAAGGGGAAGACAGCAGUGUAAGACUUAAAGGCCACUGUCUCUCUCUAUUGAAAAGGGUCCCGUGCAAGGGGGCAAUCGGUUUUGCUAAGUAGGGUUGGGUGUUACUGACGCUUGGUCUGAAAGUUGGUGCGGAACCAUUAUGGUAUACCGAGAAACAGAGAGUUUCUGUCAGAGCUCAAGAUGUUUUAAGGGAGCCCGCAGCAAUGCUAUAGAACACAAUUUCUAAUGAACUAGGGACUCAAAAAUGUUUAUAUAAUCUAAUCAAGCUUCAAACUCCAAGCCUGAAUUGCUCGAAGACCUUAAAACAACCAUUCUAAAUAGUUACCAAGCCAGCGUUUCUACCAUAAACGAAAUCGGAUCAAUUGCAUAUCAAUACGAGCAACAAUUGCAAAUAAAACUUACCGAUUUUUUGCAAGAAGCCCAACAUUAUGGAGAAAAGCUCGAACACAAAAUAUUAAGCAUAUAUUCUGAUUUACAGUCUCUGAAUGGUACUGAAAAAUUUCACCCUCUAAAAGAAAAAAUAUCUAAAUUAGUUAGAUUAAUUGACAGUAAAGAAUUGGACUGGAUUGAUAUUUAUAACCCAUACCCAGAGUUUGCUAUUAAGCAUCAGCUUUCAAGAUGGCCAGUCGUGAUUUUCCUUGCCAGUGCCAUCAUAUGUCUAGGCUGCUCUUCAAUUUACCAUCUCUGGAAGGAUUAUUCUAAUAAUCUUUGUCGUACAUUAGCAAGGCUAGACUAUGCUGGGAUUUCUUUUUUAAUUGCUGGAUCUUUUUUCCCUGCGAUUUAUUAUCCGUUUUAUUGUCAUCAAGGUAAAAAGUAUAUAGAAUAUAUAACGUUUUAUUUGACUGGAAUUUCUCUAGCAAGUUUAAUAGUGUUUGUAGUUGCGAUGAUGCCCAAAUUCCAGAUUGCAGAGCUAAGGUGGUUUAGAGGGACCAUUUUUUUGGUAUUGGGGCUGCUUGGGGUUAUACCUUCAGUUCAUUUGGUUUACUCGUAAAAAUUAUGUAGGGACCAGGCAGAGUAUUUUUUGACAGCCUUUGCGUGCUAUUUGAUGAUGGCUGCUAGUUAUAUUGUAGGGGUGCUUAUUUAUAUCGCAAGAUUCCCAGAAAGGCUUUAUCCAGGAAAGUUUGACUUUUGUGGGAACUCCCAUAACAUUUGGCAUUGCUUUGUAGUUGCAGCUGCAGUUUGGCAUUACGUUGGAUCCCUUCAAGCUUAUCACAUCAGAGCUAAUAUGAUGGUAUGUCCUCAUUAA